AUGUCUCACCCUCAAGAUAAGAACGCGAACCUACUCUCAUGUACUAUUAUCGAUAAUAAUAAUCAACAGGAGGAGGAGGAGGUGGAGGCGGAGGAGAAGAAGAAGAAGAAGAAGAAGAAGAAGGUAGCCAUCGUCAUUGUUGCGGACGGUGGCGAUGUUAAAUUGAAAGAAGAAUUACUUAAUCAGAAAGUAGUGGAUGACCGGCGCGUCGAACAACCUCAACAUCAAAGUCAAUCGAUUCCAGUUCGUCAACUGGUCAAUGAUAAAGUUGCUGAUAGUCUCGCACAGUCAUCAACGACUAUUCCAAAAAUUAGACCGUCAAAAGUGAUGACAACUAUGCGAGCGCUAGUAAGAGAAAUGCGUCAACAAGAUGCAGCAAUGGCAACGCGAAUACGUAACCAUAUGGACAAACAGUAUAUCUGGCCGUAUUCAUUUCCAAAUUGUAAAGUAGUGGAUCGAUGGAUUCGAGAUCAUUUCUUUCGUACCGAACAUGCAAAAUGCUUAAUUUUAAUUGGACCAACGGAUGCUGGAAAGACAUCAUUUGCAAUGGCAUUACCUGGUCCUGUCAACUAUUAUUCAGGACGAUGGUGUUUAGAUACCUGGAAUGACCAUGCUCGAUAUUCUGUCUAUGAUGAUAUUCCAUGGGAUAAAUUUGAGAAACUUAAUUUUCCUAACAAAAUGCAAUUGCUUACUCAACAUCCAGAUCGCAUACCGGCUACGGAUAAAUAUCGUCACAAGAAAUACAUCAACGUUGCACAACCAGCCAUCAUCUUACUCAAUCCCGCGGAUGCCGGUUCAUUACUUCGGGAAAAUACGGCUCGUGUUCAACAUGAUCUAAUUGACUAUUGGAAAGAGAAAGCAGUCAUCUAUAACAUGGGUCGUGACGAAUAUUUCGCCAGGCCAACAUCAUCAGAGAAUGACUCGCUCACUGAUGGCGACUAUAUGGCGAGUAUCACUUCCAUUACGACGAACGAUCCAAUUGAUUAUCGUCAUCUUCCUCCUCCUCAAGUCUUCCAACACACCGAUGAGCACGAUGAUGAAACACAUUCUGUCGAAAACGAACCAUCAGCUACUACGACUGACGACUCAUUUGAUUAUAGUCAAUCAGAAGAAUUCCAACAAAUGUAUCAAAACUAUUAUAAAACACACUCUGACAAAAAUCAACCAUCAGCCACCGCCGCCACCACCACCACCAGCACUACCACUACCACCACUGACGACCCAUUUGAUUAUACUCAAUCAGAAGCAUUCCAACGCAUGUAUGAACGCUAUCAUAAAACACAUCCAAAAUGA